AUGUUUGGAUGUUUUGUUCUACUAUGUUUUAUCCAUGUGAUAGACACAAAUAACGUUAUUAAUUUUGUUCCAUAUGGUAUUGAAUAUAAUGAUAAAAUCUUUGAACAAAAACUUAGCGAUAUAACUGAUCCAAUAUUAAUUUCUGUUCGAUAUCCUUUCUUUAAUCAAUAUUAUGAUAAAGUUCGUAUUUCCAAUCAUGGUUUAAUCAUAUUAGGAAAUCAUAGUUAUGCAUCAUCACUUAAAAUACCAGAUCAAUUUCCUCUUCAAGAUUUAGUUUGUAUUGCACCUUAUUGGAUUGAUACAAACAUUACAGAUGAUUCAAUUAGUAAGAUUUUUUAUCGUGAAAUAUUACUUAAGAACGAACCUAAUAUCCUUUUGCGAAUAAGUGAAAGUAUACGUAAUGGAUUUUCUAAAUUCGCUGCUCAACGAAUGUUCUGGGCAUUUGUUGUCACUUGGUAUGAAGUACCUAACAGUAUAAAUUCUACAAGUCGUAAUACUUAUCAAGCAAUAUUAACUACUAAUGGAUUUUAUUCAUUUAUUUUAUUCAUCUAUCAUCAAUUACAAUGGUCACAGGGUUCAUUAGGUAUUCAUUCACAAAUUGGAUUUAAUACUGGUGAUAAGAUUAAUUAUUAUAAACUGAAAAAGUCUUUUUCACCCUUAGUAAUGACUAUUGUUAAUGAUUCAAAUAUUGGUGUACCUGGUCAAUUUGUAUUUCAUACGUCAGGUAACUUUAGUAAUGUACAAUGUGUAACAUCUACUGGUUUACAAGUUUCUCCAUUUCGUGGUUCAAUUUAUGGUGGAUAUGAAUUUCGAUUGCAUGGUAUUUGUUUUAAUAAAUCUGCUUAUGAAAUACAUAUUGAUAAUCAAAUACUUGAUGAUUGUCGUGUACUCAAUACUUUAUAUAUUAUUUGUGUUAUGCCUAUGUUGAUGGAUAGUGGUAAAAUCAAUAUUGAACUAUAUGAACAAGAAGAUCAGAUUCUUAUCGAUUCUACUGAAUUUCUUGCUCAUGUACCAGAAGAUCAUGGUGAAUUAAUACUAAGUAAUUAUGGAAAUUUUACUCAUCAAAUAAUUGAUCCAAAUAAUAAUGAAUUAGUUCUUCAAUUUCAAUCGAAUGCAAUUACACGUAAAUAUCUUUUUCAAAUUGUUAUAUAUGAUUAUGCAACACAAUUAUCAUCUGAUAAUCAAAUGCUUUAUAAUCGUACUCGACAACGGAUUGAUCUAGGAUUAGGUUAUCUUAAUUUAUCAUCUAUUGGAAAUCUUACUAUUGGUUAUAAUAUGAUUUUUCCUGUAAAAACCGAUCCCAAUGAUCGUGUUCAUGCAUUACAAAUUUCAUUUGAAAUGAAAAAAGUUCGUGAAUGGUUUCGUUCGGCUCUAUUUUUCGGUGCUAAGAUCUUUACAGCUGCAACAUCCUUACAUGCUGCAUAUUGUCCAGCUUGGUUACUCAUGCAGAGUGAUCCAACUCAAUAUAUUGAACAGAUUCCAGUUUGUGCUUGCCAAGUACCGACACAACCAUGGCUUGAAGAAUUUAUGGGCUUUCGAAUUGAUGAAGGUUGCGAUGGUCGAAAAUCUAUUGAAGAAACAUGUUAUUAUCACAAAAAAGCCAGAAGUUGUUAUCGAAAAAAAUCGGAUAUAAGUUGGGCUGGUGCUCAAUGUUGUUAUGAUGAACAAGGAAAAUUUAUUGAACAUGGAAAAGAAGGUGCUGGAACACUUGAUGUUAUAUCACCAGAUGCAAAUAGUUGGUUCGAAAAACGUUUAAGUAUGUUUGGUCAUUUCUUUUCUGAUUUUCUUUCGUAUUGGUCUUGUUGUCGAAGUUCUUUAAUGAGUGAAGCAAUGUGCAAAGCUUAUUACGAUUAUCGUCCUGCAGGACGAUGUGAAAACAUAGAAUCUGAAUCAAUGGAUAUACAUAGAAAUUCUUAUUUUAUUACACUUAAUGGUAUUUCAUAUACAUUUCGAGGACAAGGUGAAUAUAUAUUAUUAUCUCUUCCAAAACUUAAUGGUCUAGAAGUUCAAGUACGUCUUGCAUCUAAUGGUGACGAUAAUAAAACAGAUUCAACGGUUGGAAUUAUUGCUUUUGUUAUUGGUCUUGUAGAAACUAAAAAACGUGUUCAAUUUGAACUUUUUCCAAUGCAUCAACUUCUCGAAAUUCGUAUUGAUACACGAGUGAUUGAAUUACCUGAUGAAGAAUUUAUUGUACCUAUGAUUAUUUAUGAAGAUGAAUAUGUGAAAAUAAAACGUAAAGUUAAUGGUGCAUUUAAAAUUUGGUUUCAUGGAAGUCCUCUUCAAUUUCGUGUUCAUAUUCGUCCAACAUUCGAUUUUUUUGAUCUUGAGACACUAUUAGAGCAAGAAAAGUUUAGUCAAUUACCUACACCAUCGUAUGGUUUACUUGGUGAUCUUAAUGGUCUUAUGUUUCCUAAUGGAACACGAAUAUCAAUUAAUGAAAGUGAUGAAAAUAUUUUAUUCGAAUAUAGUGAAUCAUGGCGUGUAUUACAGAAUAGAUCACUUUUUUAUUAUUUAUUUGUUAAUAUUGAUCAUCGUCAACCAUUGUCAUCUGACAUUGAAUUUAACUCUUUCAAAAACGUUUUUCAAGGAACUAAUAAUAGUGUGACAUUAACCCAACAAAAUUUGAAUGAUGAAGAAUUACAACAAGAUCAAGAAUAUUGUAUACAAUGUGAAUCAAGUAUUGAUAAAGAAAGUUCAACGGAAAGUAAUAUACAUCAAUUCCAACAAUAUGAUCAACAUCAUAGGAUAUCAUUAACAGUUUCUAUUGAACAUGAUAUAUUAUUAGAGAAAAAUUUCAAUAUAGCAUCUUAUCGCAAAUGUUCAUAUUUAUUUUUAUUCUUAUACUUUUUACUGAUAAAUCUGUAG